AUGGCCCCGACUUCCAUCCCAAUUUUUGGCUAUGGCAUGGCAGAGUUUAAACAUGGAAUUUACGCUAGUGGCAAAGGACCGGUGGAGAUCUUAAAACGACCAGAUUUGUCUUAUAGAUUCCUGAUAUUCGUGCGCUUUGUCCAGCAAGAGGACUCUCUUUCUCCGCCGCAGACUCAUAUGAACCCAGGAGAGGAGACAAGGCUCGAUGGUGAUGCCAUAUGGCGCCCAGUGAUGCGGUAUCAGCAGCAGUUUGACCGUGGUCACCCCUCGGAAAGCCCAAAUAUUGCUACACUAAGUACCGGGAUAGCCAGGACCUAG